AUGGCCGCCGUCGACCACCCCGCCUCCUCGCUCCCCCACCUCCAGCUGCUGUCGGAUUUGACCCCGCCUUCGCUCGAACGCACCUGGUUAACAGCACCGCACCCCCGACUCCCCAUCGUCGCCACCUGCAGCUCCGACAAGACCGUGCGCGUCUACUCCCUGACCAACUUCCGGCUCCUCUCCACCAUCUCCGGCGGACACAAGCGCAGCGUCCGCACAGCAGCAUGGAAGCCACAUGUCCAGGGCGAAAGCGUGCUCGCAACGGGUAGUUUCGACGCCACUGCGGGGAUAUGGCGUCGGUGGGACAGUUAUGGACAGACGACUGGUGAUGAAGGAUGGGGAUUGGGUCAAGAAAUCACCACCAAGAGCGAGUCACAACAAGAGCAAGCGCAAGAGACCGACAUUCUCCGUCAACAGCAAGCCACAGACAACGACAGCGACGGCGGUGCAGAUGAUGAAGACGAAGAAUGGCGUUUCGCCGUUCUCCUCGACGGACACGACAGCGAAGUCAAAUCCGUCUCGUGGUCCCCCUCGGGAAUGCUCCUUGCGACAUGUUCGCGGGACAAAUCAAUCUGGAUCUGGGAGGAUCUGGAUGACGGGGACAAUAACUUCGAGACGGUGGCAGUGAUGCAAGAGCACGAGGGAGAUGUCAAGUGUGUGGCGUGGCAUCCGGUGGAGGAGUGUUUGGCUAGUGCGAGCUACGAUGAUACAAUUCGUAUUUGGCGUGAGGAUCUGGAUGAUUGGGGACAGGUUGCUUGUUUGCGGGGUCAUGAGGGGACCGUGUGGUUUGUGGAUUGGGAGAGUGUGGAGAAUGCGCCGGUUUGUUCGGAGGAGACGCUGUUGGCGCAGUGGAAAGAGGAUGUCAGGAAGGAGUUGUCGGGUCCGCGUAUUGUCUCGUGCUCGGAUGAUCGCACUGUCCGGGUCUGGAGGAGACAGCCUAAGGAGCAGGUUGCUGCUGGGGGUACAGGCAUGCCGAGUAUUUUGCGUCCGACGGGCCUGGAUGAGACUUGGGAGGAGGAGACGGUCUUGCCCAAGGUGCAUGAUCUGGCUGUUUAUGCGGUCGCUUGGAGCAAGCGGACGGGAUUGCUGGCGUCUGUGGGCGCGGAUGGUCGCAUUGUGAUCUAUGAGGAGCGCUUGGUGGUGGUGGAUGAUGCUUCCGCGGGUGAGUCGCAGCCUAUGGAUACGGAUCCGCCUGCGGCUGCGGCAAAGGGUGCUGUGCGGCCGGAGUGGGCGGUUCUGGCGAUGUUGCCGGGGGCGCAUGGCAUCUAUGAGAUUAACCAUGUGGCCUGGGCCAAGCGUGCGGAUCGUGGUCGUGACGUGAGCAGGGAGGAAGAGGUCUUGGUCACUACCGCUGAUGAUGGCAGUGUCAAGGUAUGGACGGUGAAGCGGUAAUUACUUGGGAGGGGGGAGUUGCAAUUGGAUAUCGACUAUAUUGCGGUUUAUACGGUAUUUACCGGUAGAUGAGAUUUCGUGGCUUAUAGACGGGGAGGGCAUUGUGUCUGGGCUAUAUAUCAGGAAGCGGUCAUAAACUUUGUUCAUGUCUAGAUGUUAAAUGAUGCCAGGUAGCAACCUAGAUAAGAUG